UGGAAUAUUAUCUCAUUCUCCUUUCUCCAGACACACUAUAUAAGCUAACCUGGAGUGGAGCUCUGAGAGCAACAACUUGUCUACCUAAGGUUAACACCUGAAAGGAUACUUCAACUUCUUACUGGCAAAAUGUUGCUGAAAAUGGAAGAAAUGGUGACCGCAAAGAAGAAUGAAAUAAAGCAGACUGGCAAUUUUGUAUCUGGCGUCUCAAAGAAUGGAGAAUAUGAAACAGCUGUAGCUCUAGAGAAACAGGAGGAUCUGAAGACCACAUUUAAAUCCCUAAUAGACCUGGAAGAAGAGAAACAAAUGAAGGAAAAACAGCUAAAAUCAGAGCUCCUUAAGAAAAAACUAGAGGAACGGCCAAAGUUGGAAAAUUUGGAAGAUCUACAAGUAAUUAUUAAUCUGAAAAAAAGAAAACGAGUCAAAAAAGUGAGAGUUGUCAAGGAACCAGAGCCAGAAGAAAUUAUUGAAAAUGUGGAUCAGAUGACUUUCUUCAAAGCUGCAUUGGAUAAUAAAAUGCCAGUCAUUGAAAAAUAUUUAGCAGAUGGAGGUGAUCCAAACACAUGUGAUGAGUAUAAUCGCACAGCUCUACACAGAGCCUGCUCAGAAGGACACACUGUCAUCGUAGAGAAAUUAAUUGAAACUGGUGCCAAUAUUGAAUUUAAAGAUAUGCUUGAAUCCACUGCCGUACACUGGACAUGUCGUGGUGGAAGUAUCGAGACGUUGAAGUUAUUGCUGAACAAAGGAGCGGCUAUUAAUGCUAGAGACAAGUUGCUCAGUACCCCACUACAUGUUGCAGUCAGGACAGGGCACUAUGAAUGUGCCGAACACCUCAUUGCCUGUGAAGCAGACUUAAAUGCCAAAGACAGAGAAGGAGACACACCAAUGCAUGAUGGGGUGAGACUAAAUCGCUACAAAAUGAUGAGACUCCUGAUUCUAUACGGAGUGAAUCUAAACAUCAAGAACUGUGCUGGGAAGACACCAAUGGAGCUGGUAAUGCAGUGGCAGAAUGGUGCAAAAGAGAUAUUUAAUGGGCUUCAGAAUAAAUCAUACAAAAACUCGCCCAUUUCUAUAUUCCAAUGAAGAAUAUUUCCAUCAACACCACUGACCCAUUCAAAGAGAAGGGACGCUCUGAAAGGCAUUAAUGUUCACAUAGGUUUCCUGCUUUAAUGAACCUGUGAUUUAUGACUAUUCCAAUUUUUUUUAAUUUAAUUUAUUGCAUUUACAAUUUUUUUAAACCUGUAUUUAAUGUUUGCAAAAACCCAUUGCAAUUUCCGCUUCAUACUAUUAUAAAAGUAUAUAUAUUUCUUGCUAAAAUGUAGAUAUUUGUUAAGUGUCAUUUAACAGAAAAAGCUUACGCACAUAUUUAUAUUUGUCUGUCUGUUAAAUGGAUGUUUUAUCGCAUUACAGAAAGACUUUGACCAUUGAGAAGAUUGCCAGAAGUAGACUUUCUGGAUGGGUGUAAAGUGUUAUUUAAUGAUAAUGCUCAUUGCUUUUAGGGCAGAGAGACACGUGAAGAUUCGAGGAGAUUAACCAUGAAACUUCAGGCGACUUCAGAAGAGACACUCCGAGUUCCAAUCCAG